UCAUGAAGAACAAGGGUGCAAAACAGAAGUUGAAACGAAAGGGUGCUACCGGUGCAUUUGGCUGUGACCUGACUGAAUAUCUGGAGACCUCGGGCCAGGAUGUUCCCUAUGUACUGAGGAGCUGUGCAGAAUUUAUUGAGACUCAUGGCAUUGUGGAUGGAAUCUAUCGACUUUCAGGAGUAACAUCAAACAUCCAAAAACUGAGGCAGGAGUUUGGCUCGGAUCAAUGUCCAGAUCUGACAAGGGAAGUUUACCUUCAGGACAUUCACUGUGUGGGCUCCCUUUGUAAGCUAUACUUUAGGGAGCUGCCCAACCCUCUCCUCACUUAUGAGCUCUACGAGAAAUUCACGCAAGCAGUGUCGCACUGCCCAGAAGAAGAAGACCAAUUGGCCCGAAUCCAAAAUGUCAUCCAGGAGCUUCCCCCACCACAUUAUAGGACCUUGGAAUACCUGAUCAGGCAUCUGACCCACAUCGCCUCCUUCAGUAGCAAGACCAACAUGCAUACCAGGAACCUUGCAUUGGUGUGGGCACCAAAUCUUCUCAGGUCUAAGGAAAUUGAAGCUAUUGGCUGUAAUGGAGAUGCAGCCUUUCUUGCCGUCCGAGUCCAGCAGGUGGUGAUUGAGUUUAUCUUGAAUCAUGUGGAUCAAAUUUUCAGCAGCUCAUCCUGCCCCAUAGAGAAUGAUGAAAACAGGCCGAUUAUGAAAAGUCUGACCUUGCCUGCCCUCUCCCUCCCAAUGAAGUUGGUGAGCCUUGAAGAAGCCCAGGCUCGGAGUCUGGCUAUUAACCACCCAGCACGCAAGGAGAGGAGGGAGAAUAGCCUGCCUGAGAUUGUCCCUUCCACAGGAGCCCUCUUCCAUACUGUCCUUGAGUUACCGGACAACAAAAGGAAACUCUCUAGUAAAUCUAAGAAGUGGAAGUCAAUAUUUAACCUGGGACGUUCUGGCUCAGAUUCAAAAUCAAAGCUGAACCGUAAUGGAAGUGUAUUUGUGAGAGGACAGAGGCUUUCUGUAGAAAAAGCCACCAUCCGACCUGCCAAAAGCAUGGACUCCCUUUGUUCUCUGCCAGUGGAAGGGAAGGAAACCAAAGGACAUUUCAAUCGGACUGUCACCACUGGAGGAUUUUUCAUCCCAGCGAUGAAACUACAGACAAGUACUGGCAGCUCUUGUGACCUUAGCAAGCAAGAAGCUGAAUGGGGCCAGGAAGGAGGCCCAGUGGGAGCCGAGGGGGGCUCAGUUGUGGGUGGCAAGGCUCCCCAAGCCCGCCCACCACCAGAGCAGCUGAAAGUAUUUCGAGCCGUGGAAGAUCCAGAGAAUGACCAGGCAUCCCCGAAGAUGCUUGCCAUGUUCUACACUUCAAAUGAUAGCUCCAGCAAAUCAGUCUUCACCAGCAGCCUCUUCCAGAUGGAAUCCUCACCUCGUCACCAGCGGAAGGCUCUCAACAUCUCAGAGCCAUUUGCGGUCUCGGUACCCCUUCGGGUAUCAGCAGUUAUCAGUACCAACAGCACCCCUUGCAGAACACCUCCUAAAGAAAUGCAGUCACUCUCUAGCCUAGAAGAAUCUUCUCUCCAGGGGGCUGAGGGUGGGGGUUGGCCUGGGUUUGAGGAGGAGAAGACACCUGUAGCUGACGUUUCUGCAGCUUCUGCACCUCAGAAAUUAAGAACCAUAAAGUCUGAAUCUCUGGAAGAUUUCAAACCAAUACCUGAAAAGGAGAGGACAGUGGAAUGCAGCUGUAAUCACUCCCCAGAGCCAAGUAGCCACCCUGGAGAGAAAGAAAUCUCUACCAUCUCAGCAAGCUUGCCAUUUUCAACCACACUAGAGACAAGACAGGAUUCAGAGGGAACCACAAAGAUCAAUGGAAGCCACCAGAGCGAGCUCAGUGCUCAGCAGGAGAGCUCCAGGGAUAAAAAAGAAGAUGCUACGUUCCUUUCAGAAAUGGAUGAAGAUGACUCUUCAAGUGCCUUGAUGUGGCCUGAGAUUCAGCAAGAGCUGAAAAUCAUUGAGUCCGAGGAAGAGCUCCCAGCCAUCCCAUCACCUGCCCCAAAGAUCAGCACAAGCCAACCAAUUCUUAUUUCAAGUUCAAAGACCACCCUUUCUCCUUGGGCAAGGGGCUUCUCUGAUGACUCCAGCCUGUGUGCAGUCACCAUGGAAGAGAGUACAGAUAAAACCAUUCAGGCCCCACCUCCAGAGAGUGCUGCUGUCCCCAUGACUGGUACCCAAGGAGACCCAGAACAGCUCCGCAACCACCAGAGGACUGAACAGGCAACCAAGCUGUUGUCUGAGCAGAAUAGGCAGGGGGACUCUGCAAGGACUCCCAUGCUGGAAAUGGUUCCACUCGACUGUGCUUCUCCACAGGAUAGUCUCCUAAUGGGGAGCUCAGGGAAUCUACUUUCACCUCCCCCAUCUCUAGAGCAAGCUCUUCAGAAAGAAGACUCUAUGACAAAUAGCCCUGAGAGAGAAGAAACUUCAGAGGCUAUGGGAACAAAUCCUCAUUCAGACCAGACUCGGGUUCUAGAUAGUCCUAGUGACCCCAGCAGCUUCUACCAGAGAGAAGAAGUUGUCCCAGAACAGAGGGAAAAGGAAAGUCCCAAGGAGAACAGAGAGAAAUUGGCUUCAGGGGGAGAAGACUCACUAAGGGAAUUUGGGACCCUGCCACAUAGAGAAAGGGAUAGAGCCAGUCUAAUGCAGGAAACUUUUGACUAUGAUGAAGAAGACACCUCCACUGACAUUGCACCACAGAGUUUAGAAAUGGUAGAGCCCUGGGAGGACCAUCAAUGGGUCACAAGCCCUCUUCAUUCCCCAACACUGAAAGAUAUUCAGGAAACCCGCCCACAAGAACUCCUCCUGCAAAAUCAAAGAGAGAAGAGGCUCCCUCAUAGACCCAGUUUUGUUCAGAGUCAUUCCCUAGACAGUGAAACUACCAUGAGAAACCAGUGGACUUAUCCAUUCCCUUCAUCAAGUAGCUGUGUCAGUUUGGGGUCUUUAAUGGCUUUUGACCCUUUACAGCUGCUGCCACCCAACAGAGAAAAAGGAGAAUGGGAAAAGAAGGCACCAAGACAUUCCAAAGAGCUCUCAGAGCCAGAGGGAACGGGAGAUGCCAUUGGCAUGAAUUCAGGGACAGACAUACAAUCCAAAACAGUAAGAACUAGUCCUGUCUGCUUUACAGACAAAGAAACAAAAGUGGAUGAAGAAAACCUCCAAUCAGACCCUUCAAUGCCCAUGAAUCCACAAGGCAGCUGUGGCUUAGGAUCAGAUAAUGUUAGGGAAAAUAGUCCAUCUGGAGUUCAGGACAAGGCCAGCCCUGGAAUGCCUCUUGUUACAAAAGGUGAGUUGCUUCCUUCCCCCAAGUUACAGCUAAAGAAUAACGACUGUGUGCCUCCUAAAGGGAAGAACAGACCCUCUUCCCUCAACCUGGACUGUGUACCUCUCGUAAAUGAGUUCUUUAGGUUUGAGAAUGUGAUUUCGCUUAGUUCACCUGGAAGCCAGCUGUAUGACCAAGGAGAAGCUAAAAGGAAAGAUCCCAACUACUCAUGGUCACCCAUCUGUAUGACCUCACCUCACAGUAAAGCAGACCCCUGGAGAGUUCACUGUGGUCCCCAGGAUCUAGAUAUGGUCACUCAUGCCUUAACAGGCCGCCGUAAUUCUGCCCCUGUGAGUGUGUCAGCAGUGAGAACUUCCUUCAUGGUCAAAAUGUGCCAGGCCCGGGCUGUGCCUGUCAUACCACCUAAGAUUCAGUACACUCAGAUUCCACAGCCACUCCAGGCUCAGAACACAGGGGGAGAUGGACUUCCCCCUGUAGAGCAGGCCAAAGCAGAGGCCAGCCCAACUGGUGGGACACCUCCAAAAUCUGCUAGGGAUGACUCAUCUCCUUCCUUGGGGAGACCUAGAGAGGAGAACACAAACCAAGAAGGAAAGGGGAACAAUGAUUCCAUCCAGAUGGACUCCACAUCUUUUGUGUCUGAUGACCACACCCUUUCUCCAGAUCCAUGUGUGUCUUGCCUCCUCUCCUCCCAGGAUGCUUCAGUACCCUGCAGAAAACGUACGUCAGAAACAGAACCAUCUGGAGACAAUCCCCUUUCUUCAAAAAUUGAGCGGUCAUCUGGGGUUUCCAAACCUUUCCACAGGUCAAGACCGGGAAGACCUCAAAGCCUAAUCUUGUUUAGCCCUCCCUUCCCUAUCAUGGAUCAUCCAUCUUCCUCUUCAGACUCCAGGGUCUUACUUUCCCCUAUCAGAAGCCCCACCCAAACCAUUUCUUCUGGUCUCAUUUGUGGUGAGCUGGCUGAGAACACGUGGGUGACCCCAGAAGGAGUCACACUUAGGAACAAAAUGACUAUCCCUAAGAAUGGCCAGAGACUAGAGACCUCAACCAGUUGCUUUUACCAACCCCAGAGGAGGUCAGUGAUUCUGGAUGGAAGAAGUGGGAGGCAAAUAGAAUGACAUCAGCUUACCUACCACUCCUUCACUUGGAACCUUUUACUCUGUCUUAAAAGACUACUUGCCUGGGUAUUAUUUUAUGGCCAACUCUUUUAUUCCAGGGGAAAAUUAGCCAGCUUUGGGAUUUCCCAGGCCUUUUGUUUCCAUUUUUUAGCCAUUCUACUGGCAAUCUUGAGGCCAUUCAGGUACUCAUUAAAAUUUACCAACAGGAUUGGGGUGCUCAGUGGAAGAACAAAGAGAUGAAAUUCAGAUCAGUCCAUUUUCUUGCUUGUUAGUAGCUCAAGGGGAAACAUGUUCAGUGAGAGAGAUGGCUAAAAUGCAAUUUGGAAAUUAUCUGUGAAUUGCAUUUAUUCAUCCAUGCUAUCUUUAUCUAAUACUAUUGAGAGUUGGCCAUAAUAAUAUUCUUUGCAACAAGAAAAAGCUUUUUCUUGUAUUAGAAGACAUUGUUUCUGAGGUUUCUGGUUUCUUGUUUUCCUUCAUAUUAUUUAAUGCUUUUUAAAGCUCAUGCUUCUUUAGUACCUUUUUCUAAUAUGCUUUAUAAAAUUCUACUAUCAGAAAAGAAAGUAGAUUUGGAAAUAUAAACCUCCUGUGCCCUUAGAAAUUCAGGCAGGCGGAUUAACAAAUACACUUUUUCCUCGGUGGUCCCAUAUCUGUGCAUGCCACCAAGCUGGUGCUACUGGCUAAAAGUACAGCGUAGAAAAUAAAAACACGCAAUAACAAAUCCUGCGAUUGACACCAAUUAAAAAGAGACUUUUUCUCAUUUGUACUUAGCAGUGUGUGAAUUUGCCAGCCUUUCUCAUUUACAUACCCAGUAACUCAGAGAAAGACAUUGAGGGCUAUGAUAACAAUGGAUGCCCUUUUUAUUUGGGGGCACUGCAGUGUUAAAUUGGAGCUAUUUUGCUUCCCUCCAGAUCUUCUUUCACAUGUCAGAGUGAAAGAAUAUGUUAUAAUGUGUAAACUGCCUGCAUAGAAAAUCUGGGAUGGUGUCAGUACCUUUUAGCUAGUGAAGACAGAGUCUUCCUUAUCCCCUCCUCCCUUCUGAAAGGGCUGAUUCUUGGGGGGAAGAUGGAGAAGGGAGACUGUGGCUAAUGAGCCCCCCUCCCAAUUUAUCCCAAGGUAAGAGCCACCCCUGUAGAAGAUAUAUUUUAAUUGUAGCCAACAAAUCACCUCCUUUGUCCCUGCCUUCUCAGUUCUCAUGGAUAGAUUUGAAAGAGUGCUUCUCUCUCCAUUCAUCCUCCUGCCCAUACACGCUCCUUAGAACACUUUCUCUGCCUACUUAAGGAAGAAUCCAGCCUGACACUCCUCUGGCCCCAACAAUUCCUCCUUCGUUAUUGGAUGGAACAAAACAAUCCGGGCAUGAUCUGGAGUUAGGUUUUUGAAAAAAGCACUCCAGCUUCAAUCCCACGUAAGACAAAAGAAAUCUAUAUAUCAGUUCACUCACUCCACUGCCCCCCAAAAGGAAACUUUCCUGUUUAAAGGUCAAAUGGAGAUGCGACCAUAUUGGUGAUGCUUUUGCCAGCAGCCUCUGUCAUCUCUCUGCCCUCACCAUCCUCUUUUCAGGUCAAAUCCUGGCUAAAGCUGAUAUUCUUGCCCAGGUUCAUCCACCUAAGGAGAAUUAGGCAGAGAUGCUGCCCUACCCUGGCUCGAUAGCAUUCCGCUUCAUUCAUUUAUAAAUUCAAAAAUGUUAACACGAGAAGGGACGUUAGAAGUCACCUAGUCCAAGCCUCUCAUCUUACGGGUGAGAAGCAAGGCCCAAAGAGACAAAGUGAUUUGCAUAAGGUCCUACAGCUAGCAAGUGAGAGAACCCAAGACUAGAGCUUUCACUUUUCCCCCCAUUAACCAGAAAAAUAAACAUGAUUUUUUUUCUGGACUGGUAUCUUGGUCAGAGUUAUCUGACAGGCCACUGUAUUAGCAAGGCAAUAAUCACAAUAUAGAUGAUAAUUGUCAAUAUGCCUAUGUGAUUCUGUAUUGCAAAAUAUAUUAUCAUCUAUAUUGUGAUUAUUGCCUUGCUAAUAUAGCCACCGUGUAGGAAGUAUUGAGUCAGUUGGUUUGGGAGAGAGUCCUACAUAUCAGGGUUGUUGAGACAGGUUGAACAAAGAGGGUGAUGACCUUUGGCUGGUUCUGAUGCAUUCUUAGCAGAGGCAAUAAAAAUGGUGGAUGAGCACAACAAAGCAGGCAGAUAUUUAGGCAGUAAGGCAAGAGGAUUUCCUUAAAGAUUGACCUGUAGGAAUGAGUUUGACUGGCAUAUAAUGUUAUUCUGGAGUUAAAUUAAUUAAAAAUAAUUGGAGCGAGAUUAUGAAUUUGAUGUCCAAGAAUUUCAAGUGUUGGAGUAGUUUCCUGCGCCAAAGAUAUAUUUGCACCCUUAAAAAAAAUUAGUUUAUGAGACACGACUCAAUUCCUAGGCUCUCAUCAACUGCUCUUUGGUAUGGACCAUUCUGCCAUAAGCUCUCCCAUGUGAACUACAUGUUAGAGCACAAUUAGAACAUGAAUGAUGAAAGCAUCAGCAUUUUGCUUCAUUGUCAGGAAACCUUGGAGCUCAGCAAAGGGAUAUUUAAAAUAUAUUAUAGAUAUUUUGAAUUCUCAAUUGUAACACACUAGAGUAUAUUUCUGUUAUUUUGCUGUUAGACUGAAAAGCCAUUUGUUUGCCUAUUAAUAAGUGACUAAAUUUUCAGUGCUCAGUGUUUGAUUUCAUAUAUGUGUGUAUAUGCAUGCACACCAUACAUAUAGAUGUAUUUAUGCACAUACACACGUCUUCAGUUUGACUUUAGAUUCUAUCGCUAUAUUUAAAGAAGCAUCUUUAAGAGCCUAAGCGGAAGUUCUCAAAAUAUACAUUGGAAUUUGUCUAGGGACAGAUAGGGAUUUUCUUUCUUCUCUCCACGGUCCUUCCCAAGCCAGUCAAAUCCUACAGGCUUUGCGUGCUGACUUUUCCUCAGAAUGCCUCUGCUAGAAUUUGAGAAAUUUAUUCUAUUAGUUGUUUUCUAUGAAUGAUUGCCAAAAAAGAGUGUUACCCUCUCUAGUCUUCUAUUUGAUUCCUGGAGAAAUAGACCUUAAACUUCACAAAGAUUUUCUCAGGCACUGCUUUAUAUGCAGGUCUGGUACUAAAGAAAUCCUUUCAAUAUUUGUAAAUGGUAAAGCAAACCCCUCCAAGGCUUACUGUAACGCAUUGAAACCAGUGAGUAAAAAGUGACCCAUCUGAUGUCAUUGUCCAGUGAGGAAAAAUACCUUGGGUUUUUCCAUUCGUUCAUUUAGUUCAUGCACUGAAAUUUAGAUCCUCUGAGAGUAGAAGCAAGUCAGGGCUGGCCAUCUGUGACUGGGGAAGUUAUGAUGCUGGGCCAUUUCACAGUGUGGCUAUUGUAGGAAGACACUACAGCAUUACAGGUCUGAUCUCAUGCUAGAGAAAAUGGUAAUACCAGUUCCUUGGGGAAUUCCCCAAAUCAUCUGAAGUCAACUGAUACAAAUUUUAUCCCAUUCAAACAUAUGCCAUAAGUAGAGGAACAGUUGAAUUUAGUCACAGAAUGGCCACAGUAGGCCAAAACUUGAUGAUCCCUACUGCCAAAAUAAACUAGAUUCCAGGUAUCUAUCUGCAGAAUUCAGAUGGAAAUGGAAAUUUUGACUUUAAGUUUGAUUCAUUUGAAUAGGAAGGAAGGCUGAUCUAAGUUAUAGUGAAGUCUGAGUCAAAAAUAUUGCUAAGAACAUUAAAGAUCCAAGCAUCAACCUGCAGCAACAACAGUAAACAUUAAGGGCCUACUACGUGCGAAAUAUUCUCACAGUUUCAUCAAUAGUUAUGAAAAAAGAUUUAUUGAUUUCUUAUGUAACUCCAUAUUAUGAACAAAAAAGACUGGCAAUUAAUGCAGAGCUUUUAUGAACUAGAAACACUGAAUACAGAAACUGGAAUCGAGAGGCCAAUGUUGCUUACGUAAUAUUACUUUCUAUGCCUACCCAUUUACAGAUAGGUAUUUUCCAAAGGCUAUGUGGUUCCCUAAGUUGGAGUACCAUUUUGAGAACAUUCAAUACCAAAUGAAGUGUCAACAGAUCAGAUAACCAUCUGUGCCUUCUCAUCCUGCAGGAUUUUUUCCAUUUUCUCCAGAUAAUGGAGGAAACACUCCAUAAAAGGGUCUAUCCAAUGUGCUGAGAACCUCUUAACAUUCUAUUGGUACCAGUGCCAACACUGAGACUGUCUUUUUGUAAUCUCUCACACUUGUUCCAAUGUCCACUUCACCUCCUUUUCUAAUCAUACAUGUCUUGGAUGAUCCCUUUAAGGUUUAUAUUAAAUAAAUAAAACCAGGAAUACUUUGCAGGAGAUGUUUGGGCAAUAUUCCAACUUUCAGUGUUUUGCUUUGAUGGAUUUGAUGAACGAACUACUAGUUAGGCAGGUAUUUGUUUUACAUAUUUCAAGUCAGAACUAAGGUUCAAAUGGUUUUAAAUGACUCUAAUUGGUUCUAUCUCCGGAUCCUACCUUCUUAUCUGAAAAUGGACAAAUUCACAUGUGAUAUUCUUCAAUGGCAGAUUUUAGGUUCUAACAAGUUAGAUAAUUGUAUUUAUUUCUAUUGUUUCUUAUAUGUCAGAAUCAGAAGAGCUUGGCCAAAAUGGGUAAAGGGGGAGGGAUGGUAGGGAACAGGGAAUGUCUUCAUGUGUCUUGGGAGUCUCCUACAUGAAGGGACACUACUGAACACCAGAUUUACAUGUCUGGAAUUGGGAUGGAAGAUCUUGAUUAGAUGUAUGACUCAACCUAGCUGGAUGAGAGUCACGUACUAUAUUAUGGCCUAGUCUCUCAAAUGAUGCCUUGAAGCUUGGGGUGAUGUGUUCCCAGAAGGGUAAUUCCAGAUACGUUAAGGGUCAGAGGAGAAAUGAGGCAGACCAAUCUUUUGACUGAGAAAGAACAAUAAGUAGCCCUCACCCAACCCAAUACAACCCAAUUUAAGCAACUAAGGGACAGAGAAGGAAGUGAACAACUGUCUAAACAUGGAAGUGACAGUCUAGGGAUGAGGAAUGAUUAGCUGGGAGCUCUACCAUUUCAGAAAGCACAUAAUUGGAGAUCAUCCCAGUGCAUCAAGCACACAACAGUCAGUAUUUCUUGAUAGUAAGAAGGGAAAUGUGAGUGAGGGUUAACUCUUCUAAUAAAGUGAAGAAGGGUAAGUAUAGAAAGAACCACCAUAUUAUUGGAAUGUGUGUUAUUGGAUGAGUUACAAGGCUUUGCAGUAAUUUAGCACCAUAGUACUUCCUCAUUUAUGAUUUUGCAAGGUGAAGCACUUUUCCAAAGGUUUGUAUUUGAAAGCCACAGGAUUUCAGUUGUGUGCUGAAAUCCACAAACCUGUUUUCCAAGGUAUAAUCAAAAUAUUUUUUCUGAUUUAAAAUAAAAUGUAUGAAUAAAUAUUACAUUAAACAUAUACAGAGAAACAUAUAAUGUAUAAUUAAAGAUAAUUGUUAUGCCUCCAAAAUUUAUACUAAUAAAUAUUUUAAAAUAUAGUGUUUGUGCUGGGAAAAUGAACAUGAGGAGACAUUGGGAUGCUCGUUAGAACUUGAUCAUGUCAAUGAUAGAAUAAAGGAGUAUCCUCCAUGCA